AUGGACCAUUCUAGUCCAAGAAAGAAGGGGAGUAAUCUUAACCGAAGUACCAUGGUCAACCCCAGACUGAGCUUACAGAGCAACUCUGACUCAGAUGAUGCCUCUCCAGACCCUGGUAAGAGAAUCAAAUUACCCGAAAUAAUUCUGAACAAACUCGUAACCACCAAGGCAAGUGAUGCAUUUACUAAUAUUCCUGGCUUCAAAACAACGAAAUCAGUGACCAAAAGAGCAAAGACUGAGAAAUAAGAAAUCAAAACGUGAUUACUCUGUUGAUUCUAAAAUUAAAUAAGAACAUUCUCUUCCAGCCAAUCAAUGACAAGAAGUCCAAGGCAAAGGUCAACACUAAAGUUAUGGAGGCUUGGAUUGAGGAUACUCUCACUCAAGCAGAGCAUUUUGAAAUCCCUUCGGUCAUCACUAAGCCGAGUCAUAAGAAACCUAUCACUAGGUAUGGAAUAGACCGGCUGACUCUUUCAAAAGCCGGCAUUUCAGAUGAGACUAUUGACAGAAUUUAUCGUUCUUUGUUCGUCCAUUCAGUUGGGUUCCAUGAAUUGAUCAAAACGUGCCUACAGCAUACAAAGAAUAGGUUCGAGCAUAUCACAUCCAUCUGGAAGGUCUACUCUGUGCUGCUAGAGUACAGCUGCAAGUCAGAUUACAAAAUGUUGGUUGACCAAGUUUCCAUCCAAAACGAAGAGAGAAUGAAGCAAAUGGAAACUGAUCACAACAACAAACUUGAAGAAAUGAAAGAGGAUGAACGUAUCCUUAAAGAUGAAAUGAACGUCAUGCAGAAAUACUCCACCGUCCUGGAGCGAGAGAAGCUUGACGAGAAGAACUUCCGGAUCAAACUUGAGGAAGAACUUCUGCAGAACUCUAAAAAUCAUGAGGAAGAAGUCCAACUGAGGCUUAAAUUUGAAUCCAAACUGAACAAUAUGCACUCGAUUCAUCGUGAUUUAGGAACCAAAUACAGAAGAGCACUACUUGACAUUGAGACUCUGCAGAAUACCAAUGAAUUGUUGAACACUAAGAAAAUCGAGAUCAUCCAAGAACUUAACGGCAUCAAGACCCAGUUCGCUGAGCAAGAAAACAAGCUAGCUUAUGAUAAGGAGAAGAUCAUCGCUCUUGAGAAGGAGAAUGCUAUUAAGGUUGAACAAGUCCAAGAUCUGCUGAUAAAAACUGCUCAAAUGCAGGAGAAAUAUGACAAACUGCAGUACCAGUAUCAGCUAUCACUCAAAAACGUCUCUGAGCAGAAGCUUAGUAUUGAUGUGCUGAAGUCUCAAAUCCAGGCACUCAAGAAUGAAAAGACUCAUCUCCGCCAAAGCGAGGUUGAGUCAAGAAUGCUCAAAGAGACAUUCGAGGACAGGCUGAAGGACACCACUGAAGAACUCCGGUCCAUCAAAGAGGUACUACAGGUCUCUGAACGUGAAGUCCUAGGUUUCAACGAAAUUCGUAAAGAAAGAGAGGAAAGAAUCGAUAAACUCAAAAACGAACUUGAAAGUCUUAAAAUCCUUCACAAUAGGACUGAUUCCAACCUAGCCAAGACCUCUAUUGAUCUUGAAAAGACCCUUGGGCAAUUAGAAACAUUGCGUGAAGAGUACUCACAAGUUGUGGAGAAGCUUAAGAAGAUCAACAAGGCUAGAAAUGAGAAAAUUAACCAACUGAACAACGAACAGGACCUAACCGAUUUUCUUAAGAAGGAGAACCAGAGCCUGAAGGAUAUCAUCAAGGAACGGGACAGCACAAUUUGCGAGAAUGAAGAAACAAUUCAGUCUAAAGAUAAGCAGAUCCACAAGAUGACAUCUGAGAGGAUAACUCGGGAUAAGAGCAAUGCUCUUCAAAUGAACCAGCUAAAUGAGAAGAUCAUCAGUAUCUCAGGAUUGCUCGUAGAAGAGCAACAGUUAAAGGAACAGUGGAUGGAUAAGUAUCAAAAAGAGCAGAAAGAGCAUUCUGCUACUAAUAAUAUCCUCCUUUCUGAGAAGUCGACUAAUAAGGACCUAGAGCUCAAGAUCAAGGAUGUAGAGAUCCGUCUAGCUAAUGCUGAGAGGACCAAUGGGCAUUAUGAGAAGACACUCAAUAAUAUGCAAGAGAGAGCUAAUAAUUUCAUGAGCAAGUACGAAAAUUCUGAGAGAGAUCUUAAAGCCAAAAAGCAUCAAAUAGUGCAACUCACAGAGCAAAAGGAACAGCUUUUGAAACUGAAGGAAGAUCAGGCAUCUUCUCAUGAUGAAGAGCUAACAUUAAUUGUGACUCAACAUGAAAUGCAUUAUGAAGACUUGCUUUCUUAUCUUACUAAGAUAAAGACUCGUUCAGAAACUUUAGAAAAAGAGAAUGAGGCCAUCAGCUCUAAAUAUAACCAACGUGAGACUGAAGUAGCUAAUAUCCUUAACACUGGAGCUGAAAGAGCUGCAGAAGUGGCUAAGCUUAACGACCAGAUCAAAGAAAUGGAGUCAGAUUCUAAUUUAGGUAAAAUAAAAGAGCUAGAAGAGAAACUGGCUAAGCUCAAAACAGCAAAGGAUGCUCUAGAACAAAAGAAUAUUAGGCUAAAUGUAGAUCUUGACAAAGCCAAUGAGAGGAUGAAGCAGAUUUAUAAGGAAUAUGGCUUCAAGCAGAGAAAUAUGGAUAGUAGGAAUGAAGGAGAGGGAUAUGGGUAUGAUGAAAGCGAAGAGGGGCAAAUUGAGUCUAGGAGUAGAGAUAGAGGGGAUAUAAGCAAUGGAGUGAGUUUGGGAGAGGGAGAUGUAUCUGGAGAUGUGAAGAUUGUUUCUGGGAGAGAAGAGGAAGUUGAAAAAGAGAGAGAUGAAUAUGUAGGGAAAGUUGAUGGAGAGAAACAAGAAGAGGGUGAGAAAGUUUCUGGUUCAAAGAAUUUAAUGAAUGAUGGUAAAAUUAAUCCUACUAUUGAAGAAGCUGAAGAGACUGAAGAGAAAGAGUCAAAUAAACUUCCCUCGGGAAGCAAGACUGAGUCCUUGCCACCAGAUUCAACUCCUGAGAGUCGAGGAGCUUCCAACCAUUCUGCAAAAGCAAUAAAUGCUCACGAGAGCGAGGCAAGUCUUAAGCAACCCUCGAAAGAGCCAGAGGUGAAGGAAGUCACAUUUCGAUCUAUUAAGGGAUCUGAUAGAGGAUCCCCAGUCGAUCUGAUGAUCCAAGGAUCCCAUAUUAAUAAGAGUCAGCAAUCGAAGGUCACUAAGAACACUUCUAAUAGUAGCAAGAAGCAAGAUACUGGCGAUAAAGGCACUCAAGCUAGAAUCCAUACAAAGGAGCAAGAGAUCGAUGCUGAUUUUGAAUUGAUCAGGCCUAUUAUUGAAGAAAACUUACGCCAAAUUUUAGCUAAUGAAAAUCAAGGAAGUCCUCCUAGAAAUACUUCAGAGCGAUCAAUGCCAAUAGCUCACGAGGGUAGUGACGCUAAUGAGUCAAGAAUAAACUAUAUGAAACGAGAAUUGUCCCAAGAGACCUAUCUACCCCCUGAAAUCCAACAUACAGAGCCAUCCGAGCACCUAUUGCCCAAAAACGGUCAACGAGGUAGUGUUCUUCAGCACUAUAACAACAAUAACAGUCCUAUUCUCAGCAAGAACUCCAUUCAUCACAUGAGUAAUCACUCGACGAUUAUCACAAAUUCUAUCAGACAAGAGCUUUCUCACUUCGGAGUUGGUCAGAGGCAGCAUUUCAACAACUCCCCUUCAAACCUUCGUGAAUUCAAUCAGUCAGCUGCGCUGACUGACGAAAUACAGAAUACUCAAAGAAGCGAUGAGCUGCUGAAUACCUCCACUGACAUGGAGCCAACGCAGCGCCAGUCGGUGUAUCAAAAGGGAAGUCCCAAGAAGCAGCAGCUUCCUGAGAAGUCUCAGCUGAAGAACAGACAGAACCUCCUGAAGGUCUCCCAGCAACCUGGCUAUAUAGACAAAGAGCAAGCCAUCAUUGAGCUGCCUAAUAGAGAAGAACUAAUGAGUAACCCGAGAUCACGUGAACAAUCCCACCAAAAAGUUUCAAGACGGAGAUUUAAUAAGAAACCUGAAGGAACAGAAGGUCUCAUGAGAAGCCGCUACCUUGAACAAGAAGAAGAACACAAGUUAGAGGGUUAUGAGACUUAUGAUAACAGUGAGACUCCUAACCCAACACCCUACCCUUCUUCAACUACUAAGCCGAUGAAGAUUAAGGUUAAGAAGGAAUCAGAAAGAUAUGGAAAGCUUAAACUAAAGUCAAGGCCGAACAUUGGGCCACUAAUCAAGGCCGCUACUUCAAGAGAUAGCUAAC